AUGAAUUACGAAAACUAUGAACGGAAGAUCGUGGAAACUUACAGCAUCGCCCUCAAUAUUUUUCCACUUGGAACCAUGGUGAAUCCUGGCAAGGUUGGACGCCGGGAGGAUCUUGUUCGACUCCUCGAUAGCCUAAUGGAUGGCAGUUGCGAGUGGGUCAAACUCACUGAUACUGAACUCACUGAACAUGUGAAGAAAAAUAUUGAGCGCCAGGCUCGCGGUGAGAAGGUGUAUAAACCCCGAAAGCGCUGCACCAAGGCCACCAGUGCAAAAAGCCAAGGC